GCUGUCUGUCUGAGACACUUCAAUCCGCAGUCAUACAGAUUCGUUUAGACUAAUGGUCAUGUGAUAGCGGUGUUUUACACGCGAUUGCGGUCGAUUCCUAAAGCCUAUUUCUGUUUACUGCGUAGUGAGACCAUGCAAAGACUUUAGGAGGCAGAAGAUGGAAACCGUGAAAAAAUGGAAUAAUGAUUUCAUUGCACUUAACCAGCUGGAUACGAAAAUCCACUCCAAACAACAUGGCAUGAUUGCAGAUCUUGAGAGUAUUCAGAAGGUUCUUGGCAAUCAUUUACAGCUCCAGCCCAUUUCUCGUUCAGCAUGUGCUGUUGGCUCCUGUCCAGAUCUGAUGAUGAGUAGGAAUGAGCAGCGUGAGUUACGGCCAGCCUCGGUGGCUUUGACCCCACAGCUGCCCCCCAGAACCCACCGGCCGCUCUGUCUCUCAGUUUCUUCAGACAGCAAUGGCCGCUUCAAAGCUCUGGAGACACAGGAAUGGAAGAACAACCUCAAAGCUCAGAUGGAGCAGGCCCACAGUGCUGGUGCAGCCAGCAGCACGGGUUCUCUAGAGCGAGCCUCCCUUUUCUGUGCCUCUGGCUCCACCACUGCCUCUAGCUCAGGCCUCUCAAGUCCUGUUGAGCUUCUCGGCAAAAGCAAGUCCUCUAGCCGCUUCUCGCUCUUCUCACCACCAUGGAACAGCAGCUCAGAGUCUGAUUCAAACCCUCCAUCGCGCUCUGGCUCCAAGAAACUGCGGCGUAGAGCCGGUCCAGGGGGUGUUAAGACUAGCCCGGAGACCCCUGAACCCAAACCUAGUGGCCCGGAACACUUCCACUACUCUGAACCAGUAAUCUCCAAAGUAACAGACUACAUCUACAUUGGGAACGUUAACGCAGCGUAUAGCGGGCGCAUGCUGUGCCGGAACAACAUUGACAGCAUAAUCGACAUGAGCAGCCUGCCAGGCGAGACAUGCCUCAACCUGAUCCCUUGCACAUGCUCGAGAGGCACAAAGCACAGCUGGUCACGCCUGAAAGUGCACAUGGAGGAACCGAGAGAGCUGGGUGAUGAUGGUGCAGAGCUGCACCAGCGUUGCUUUGAUGCCAUCAAUGAGUGCAUCGAUGCUUCGGCAGGAAAGAGGAAGCGAGUGCUGGUUCACUGCCGUGAUGGCUUCUCGCUUGCUCCUACAUGCAUCAUCCAGUACCUCAUGAUCAAGCACAACAUGAGGCUGAUCGCUGCGUAUGAGCUGCUCAGGGCCAAGCACCCGGUUAACAUCCGCGAGUGCCACCAGAAUGCUUUAGUGAGUCUGGAGAGGACACUUAGACCUGGUGGAAACACUGACCCUGAGUGCUUCAAACAGGCCAUCUCACGCAAGCUAGCUUGGACCUAAACAUACCAUCAUGCGUUUCUUUUCAGCCUCAUACUGAUUUAUCGGGGACACUUUUAGGAUUGGCAGCUUGGGUAUAAUUACUGAUCCUAGUGAUUAGACACUGGCUAUUCAAAUAAGAUUCGUUCAUUCAUUCAUUCAAAAAAAAAAAAAAAAAACUUCUUCCAGACUAUAUCUGAGAUGAGAAAACUUAAGAUCAAGUACUGUAUAGCUGCUAAACAGGAGAGCCGGAGUGAAAAUGUCUGCUCGAGUGUUAAAAAAGACUCUGGUGCUGAAGUCUUGUGUAUAUGAGGGUUGCAGCCAUAGUGUUGUAAUAUUUUUCUUUCAGGGCACCGUGACGGGAAAUCUCAGGAGACCUAGUGAUGUCAAAUCAUGUCUACUGGAUGGGGAGUGUAGUGAUUCUCCAAAAUGGACUACCUUUGAACAGUGGAUAAGCAUCAGUCUUGUGCCAUGUUUCCCAACUCAAUCCUCAAGACCCUCCAGACUCUCCAACUUCAGGCUUUCUCUUAGCUAGCAACAAACACAAACCAAGCCAUGCAGCACAGCUGCGUUGGGAGAGAGCAACAAAGUGAACAGUCUGGGAGGUUUGGGAGACACUGAUCUGGCAUCAAGUCUUUAACUGAUGCUGUUGUAAAAAUGAGCCAACAUUGAAUCUGGACCAUUUUGGUAAACCAUGCAUUUUUCAGAGGCGGUGGACAUAAUUAAUUUUCCUCCAUGAGGAAUCUGGUCACAACAUGUUCCCAGUCAUGUGAUUAUCACCAUCUUUUCAAGUUUGAGUGCAAAAGUUUGCAUAACCUUGGCACAAAGUAAAAAAAGACAUUUACAUUUACAAAGGGGGGGCACGGUGGCUUAGUGGUUAGCACGUUCGCCUCACACCUCCAGGGUUGGGGGUUCGAUUCCCGCCUCCGCCUUGUUUGUGUGGAGUUUGCAUGUUCUCCCCGUGCCUCGGGGGUUUCCUCCUGGUACUCCGGUUUCCUCCCCCGGUCCAAAGACAUGCAUGGUAGGUUGAUUGGUAUCUCUGGAAAAUUGUCCGUAGUGUGUGAGUGCGUGAGUGAAUGAGAGUGUGUGUGUGCCCUGUGAUGGGUUGGCACUCCGUCCAGGGUGUAUCCUGCCUUGAUGCCCGAUGAUGCCUGAGAUUGGCACAGGCUCCCCGUGACCCGAGGUAGUUCAGAUAAGCGGUAGAAAAUGAAUGAAUGAAUAAACAUUUACAAAGGUAGUUUUAACAGUUUUUUUUCUACAGUAUCACUAGUAACAAAAAAGAUAUUAACAUUGAUCCCAAGUCUAAGUAUUAGUUCUAAAUUAAAAUGUUCUCUAAUAAGCCGUUCACCUUUCCAAAAUAUUUGCAGAUUUUGGAUCGGUUUAUUUGUAAUAUUCCUGUCCCUUACUACCCAUGCCAGGGUUGGACCUUUUUUUAUUAUUUUUUUUUUAUUAUUAUUAUUAUACCACUAAGCAGAACAGAUUAAGAGGUUUUUGCUUUUGGCUCUUAUCAAUUUCAAAUAUACCUUUUUUCAUCCCAAGAGAAUUCAAGAUGCAAACUGUUGUACUCACAUAGAGCUUUGUGCUUGGAAAGCGAGAUAUCUUGUGUCUGGUACCAAAUAGUGUGGGGUUUGUGGGGUUGUCACCAUUAGUAGUAUGGAUUUUGACUGACUUGUGAAGCAGUGAAGUACUGCAAAGACAUUUUUUAUUGCACUAACUAGACAUUGUAAAAAAAAAACUGCACAGCUGAAAUGUUUAACUGACAUGCCACUUCUUUUGGUUAUUCAUUGCUCAGCACAGAUAGACUUUACUAUUUUUAGAUGAAUAUGAUGCACAUGCUUCCUGUGUACUGAUUAUUAAUUGAUGCUAGAUUACUCUGUUGUGUUUCAAUUCACCAUGUAGGAAGUUCUAAUCAACCUCUUGUGUAGUAUUGCUUAUGCUUGUGUACAGUAAUUAUUCAGUUUUAAUAUUUUAGUGAGCAGUGUGCUGAGGUGGUGCAUUUCUGAGUUUUUGGUGCCUUUGAACUCGUCCUGCGUGAUUGUAUUGUGAGACUCGCACUAUGUAUGCAGUUGUCAGGCACUGACAAUGUUUUUAUACUCUGGAAUAUUCUGUAUAAUGGCUAAUCCUUGUCCUGCUGCCAGUCCUGCAUUGUGGUGUAUAGCAGGACACAGCUCAGUUCAGUAAUGUGAAGGUUUUGUUGCAGUGAUCAUUCUGUGAGCGGUGCCAGUGUUUUCAACCCUUGUGGCGAUGACUAGUGCAACUCUGUCUGACUGAUCGUAAAUUCUCUCCACUGCUAUGCUCCUUUCCUAAAACAUUAUCCACAGUCCAAUCUUCUAUGGCCUAACUACAGUGCUUUUCUUUUGCUGUUUAUUUCUAACAGUUUAAUUGAUCUCAGGUGAACUUCAUCAACCUAAAUUAUAAUGUUCUCUGUUUAAACUAGAAAACGGAACAAUGUUUGCAAUGUAUUUUCUGUAUCAUGUUUUUAAAGUCUUAUGCAUUUGUAUAUGUAGAUAUUAAAGAAAACAUUCGGUUCAUUUUU